UUACGUUAGUUAUACCUAUGUGCACGUGUACACUUUCAAUUUCUCAUAUAUUUUUUAAAAUUAUUUCGAAUUAAUAACUGUUCUUAUGAACGUAUAAAAUAAUCAAAAUUGUAUAAAUAGAAGUAAAUAAAUUUUCUUACAUUUAUUACAUAUCAAAAUGCGUAAGAGUUGUGUUUAAACCUUACAAGCAAGGUACUGUUAGUCUAUACAGUACCUGAUUUUUUUUCUUAUUCAUCAACAAGUGGUACCUGACUGUGCUGUAUAUAUAAGAUUAAAACAACAUGGCGGAAGCGCACUCAGCUGUCGCCUUUUCCUUCGCGAUUACCCACGACGGGUGGGACGUCAACUUCGACCGGGAAGUCUUGUACCUGGUGUGGGAGUCCGGUAUACGGUCAUGGAAGAAACGCCUGGCUAGAUUCAGGAACAACGUGCACAAUGGAGUGUAUCCUGGCCAUUUGCAAUCCCUGUACGUGUUGUGGACCUUGAUAGUCGCCGCACACUUCGGAGGUUUCAACAUACCGUUUGGAUUAGUACAAAAGAUGCUAGCAAUACUGCCGGGCGACACGACGAUGUGGCAAGUGUUCGCUUGCUUGCUAGUCGCACUCACUAUGUGGCUAUCGGUCAUAUUCCUCAUGCGGUACCUGCUCAAACUACUCCUUAUGUACAAGGGUUGGAUGUACGAGUCUCGCGCUCCUGGCGCCAGGAUCUCGCUGAAGACGAUGCUCUGGGUGAGCGUGGUAAAGGUGCUCUCUGGGUGGAACAAGCCCAAACUCUACAGCUUUCAGGGCUCCCUGCCCAGACUGCCGCUACCUUCUGUUAAAGACACCAUGAGACGGUACCUGAUAAGCGUGCGGCCGCUGUUGGACGACGAGAACUUCAAGCGAGUAGAGCAGCUGGCGAAGGAGUUCGAGGAGACCAUUGCAGUCAAGCUACAGCGAUACCUGAUACUCAAGUCCUGGUGGUCAAGCAACUACGUAUCGGACUGGUGGGAGGAGUACGUGUACCUGCACGGCAGGUCGCCGCUGAUGGUCAACUCGAACUUCUACGCCAUCGACGCCAUCAUGCUGCGGCCCACGCGCAUACAGGCUGCGCGCGCAGGACUCAUCAUACACGCCUGCCUUAAGUUCAGGCGGCUCAUCGAUAGACAAGAGUUGGAGCCGAUAAUGCUUCAAAACAUGGUGCCGCUGUGCUCGUGGCAGUACGAGCGGCUGUUCAACACAGUGCGCGCGCCGGGAAUCGAAUCCGACAAGAUCGUACACUAUCAGGACUCGACGCAUAUCGUGGUCUACCACAAGAGUCGGUACUUCAAGGUGAUGGUGUACUCUCGCGGCAGGCUGCUCACACCGGCUGAGAUACAAGUACAAAUCCAACAAAUCCUGGACGAUAAGUCGGAGCCUGCGAUUGGCGAGGAGCGGUUGGCGGCGCUGACUGCGGGCGAGCGCACGCACUGGGCGCACAUACGGCAGACGAAGUUCAACCGGGGGCAUAACCGCACAUCCCUGCACUGCAUAGAACGAGCUGCCUUCAUGGUUUGUUUAGAUGACAUAGAGUACGGAUUCGACCCAAAAGACCCGAGCAAAUUAGACGCUUUCGGCCGAGUGUUGCUGCACGGCAAAGGCUGCGACCGCUGGUUCGACAAGUCUUUCAACCUUUGCUUCAGUACUAAUGGAUAUGUCGGUUUCAAUGCGGAACACAGUUGGGCGGACGCACCCGUCAUGGGACACCUUUGGGAGUACGUUAUUUGGUCCGAGAUGGAAAUUGGAUACACACCGGAGGGCAACACGAAAGGCACGGUGGCGACCCCCCCGCCUUCGCCCAUUAGGCUCCAGUGGGAACUCAACAAAGAGGAGAUACUGAACGCGAUAGACAUUUCGUACAACGUCGCUGAUAAACUCCUGAAUGACGUCGACCUAAGGAUACUCAUGUAUACCAAGUAUGGAAAAGGUUUCAUGAAGAAGUGUCGCGUGUCGCCCGACGCGUUCAUCCAGUUGGUGUUGCAGCUAUCGUACUUCCGGGACGCGGGGAGGUUCUGUCUCACGUACGAGGCGUCCAUGACGCGCCUCUACCGAGAGGGGCGGACAGAGACUGUACGCUCCUGCACCAUAGAGAGCACAGCGUGGGUUAAAGCUAUGGAGGAUCCCAACUCAACUGUGCAAGAGCGGUACGAUCUGUUCGUGAAGGCGAGCCAGCGGCACCAGCUGGGGUAUCAGGACGCAAUGGCGGGCCGCGGCAUCGACCGGCACCUGUUCUGCAUGUACGUGGUCGCGAAGUACCUGGAGCUGGAGUCGCCGUUCCUGCAGGAGGUGUUCAACGAGCCCUGGAGACUCUCCACUAGUCAGACGCCGCAUGGUCAAACAAACAUGCUAGAUCCUAAGAAGUACCCCAACUGCGUGAGCGCCGGUGGGGGCUUCGGCCCAGUCGCCGACGACGGCUACGGAGUCUCAUACAUUAUUGUGGCAGAGGACACACUCUUCUUCCACGUGUCCAGUAAAAAGAGCUGCCCUAUCACGAGCUCGUCGAAUUUCGUCAAACAGAUCGAGCGGUCGCUGCACGAUGUGCAACACAUGAUGAACGAAUACAAUUCGUUAAAAAAUGGUGUCUAUAGGAAUUAACACAGUGAGCGUUUUGUUUUAGUUUAUUUUUCAUUAUGUUGUUGUUAAUGUUUAGUUUACGUAUUUGUUAGAUUGUAAGUACAUUACAGAACAUCGCACGCUGUAGCCAGGGGGUUUGUGAGUGGUUAACGUACAAAUAUGUGGAAGAAAUCGAUAAUCCGCAGCUGCUGAACGCUAACACAAUGACGUAGAUUUAAGAUAUCUGAUAAUUUAUUACAAUUGACGUUGUUUGAUACAAAAAUACCUCGUGGAAACAACUUUUGUGAAUACAGGGUAUAACAAUUCAUGCGAAGACUUGGGCGUUCAUGUCGGCUUCCCUGGCUACUACGCUUAUAUACUAGAUUUAUCUGUCUAAAGCAUACUUUGUACUAGAGCAAUAUAUUUUUAUACAAAAUCUCUUUACAGACUCCGAUAUACCCGUGUUGAUGUUUACAAAACUAUUUUAUAGCUGUCAAUAAGUACCAAAGUAUGCGCGGCGAUGAAUCGGCCUUGGGGCGUGUAGCGUCAGCGCCAACGGACCGGCGAUUACCGAAUCAAUUAAGACCUUAUGUCCUUUUGCAUACGGUUUAUGUGACUUAUAUCAAGUUUAAGGUAAAAUAUAUGAAAAAUAAUAAUAGAGAAUUAUAUUUAUUGAACUUCCAUAUUUUGUAUUAUAAUUUUGUAACGUUAAUUCUAAGCAAAAUCAAGAGAUGUUAAUAUCAACCGUAUAAAUGUGAGGUUAACAUUUGUUUUACGAUAUCGGUUUUUCACUACGUUCGCUAGCGCUGACCCGGUCCUAAUAAUACUGGACCAUACUAAAGUCACACCUUUCAACAUUUCAUGCAAAUAUCACAUGAGCGAUAUACAAGAACACUAGGUGUUAGUGUGGUCCAAGCGACGAAACAAAUCGUUUGUGUACAGUGGUGACCACCAGGUCGACUUGUCGACUGCUUGAUUUCAGACAGAACCCGCUGGUCUACCACAAAACCAGUCGGACAAUAAAAAAACCACUUACAAGACGAUUAGUGUCGUCUACUUAUAUGUAAAGACAGACAUGUUUGUUUAUGGUGAUGGGGACAUUCUUUAUCAAUGCAAUAUAAUUAUAUAUCACAAGUAUUUAUAUGGUUUUAAUUUAAUAUCUAACUUAUGUUGAGAGAAUGGUCGGUCAGGAUGCUUUGAUCACUAUAAAUUAGAAAAGGAAUGGCAGAGCAGUCGGGCAAAGUAUUUUACAUCUUAUUAAAAUUACAUGAGGGUAUGUUUUUCAUUGGUACCGUCAGCGUCGUAGAACGGCGACUGGAGUGAGGAUCCCGUCUGGCGCCUUUUGUGCGUUAAUUACGCUUAUUGAAAUGCUCAUUUUAUUAUUAUUUGAUUGUUUACGUCCUUGUAGCCAGGUGUUCACGACGCUGACAUUACGUAGAAAAAAACAAAACGCUAUUGCAUUUUUUGAAAUGAUUUUGAAACUGUUUUUCCAAAAAUACAGAAUGUUAUUACAUUUUUUUAAAUGAUUUUGAAACUGUUUUUCCAUUCCAUUCCCGUACCUUGCUUGAAAGUAGAUUUUUAUAAAUAGGUAAAAGUGUUUUAUUCCGUGUGAAAUAUUUUAGAAAUAAAUUUUACAAUGUCUACACAAUUUUACGAGUUUAUAACUUUAACGAUGCAAUUUGAACUGUAACGCGUUUUGCAGUUGACACGUACUGUAUUUUUCGACAAUGCAUCUGAGUUUUCAACACGAAUACUGCAGUCGGGUAAAGUUUAAACAGAAACUCUGAAUAAAAUAGUGUACCAGUAGUAUUCUAAAAGGAUGAAUAUUUUUUGUUGUAAACGAUGUAUUUUCUAUAUAAAAUUGAAUAUUUGAUUCUGACUGGUACAACUUGCUUAUAAUACAAAAAAUAUUUAGGAUAUAAAUAAUUUUCAAUAUACAGCAGAUCUAAGGUAAUAAAUCACGACGCCUUUAUACGCAAUAACAGAUCCUAAUCUAAUUCUCGAUCUGACUCCGAGAAUAAACUAAUCGAAAUGAUUCGAAAGCUUGAAAACUUUGUUUCGAUUGGUCCAUUUUCGCGUCGGAAAAGCGAGGGAUCGUCUAUUGCGAAGGGUGGUAGACAUAACUUUGGCCCUUCGAUCGAUAGAGUUCAAGGUCUUAACGCAGAACCUAGGGGUUUCAUUAUACGACCAUCGUUCAUUUAUUAUUGAUGUAGGAACUUCUACCUAUAAUUAUAUUUUUACCUUAACAAUAUAGUCUUAAUACAUACAUAAUUUAUGUUAAUUGAUUGAAUAGAUUAAUGACUUAUUUUUUGCUAAUUCAACCAUUAAGUUACUUUUGUAAACUGUUCAAAUGCGCGUUGGCAAAAAGAGUGAUCAAGAAUCAAGAUAAUAUAUAGACAAUAUCAAAUGCCGCUUUUCGUGUAGAUGUCGAUGGGGUUAUAUACAAGUCCUCUAUGUUGUAACCUUCCUUGCGCAUGUGCGUCUGCUAUUUGCGGUUCUGCGUUAUUCCUUUAAAAUUCCAUCCUGAACCAAUUGUGUAAGUGAAAUGAAUGUAGGACAGAUUUGUAUGAAUCAAGAAUGUUAUAUUGUUGCUUUUACAUGCAUUUUAUGAAAACUAUUUAUUGUAGAAAUACAUUAACUGUAUUAUGAGUUUAAGUAUUGUCAAUUGGCGUGUUAUAUUGCUCACGGACACCGUCAGGAGGGCAAAGUAAUGCUAUUUAAAUUUAAUUCUUAUUACGUUCACGCAGAAAUUAUAUUCCUUUAACGCUGCAAAGUGGUAUCUAAUGAAAUAUAAACGGUAACCAUAUUAAAAUAAGGUUUGAAAUUAAUAUUUACUUUGCCGUCAUGGCCUUUGUUGUCGCGAGCGUCCACAGUUGUUCAUAUUUUUAUAUUCUGCAAUGAAAUACUCGAAAUGUUAUUCUGUCCUUUUAUUUUAGUUUGACGAGGGGAGACGAUAGUUUAAUUUUUUUUAGAUGAAAAAUUAACAAAUUAGUGUUUGAUAUAAAUUUUUAUUGUUCUCAAAAAUUAAUAACUUCGUGACCUUAUUUACUAAUAUGUAUGAUUAUAUUUUGUUUUUAUAAAUCAUGGUACAAUUAAAAACGCCUAUGUAUUGUGUAUUACACUUUACAUUCUUUUACUAUGUUUUUUUUUAAUUUAUGCUACUUACAAAAUAUUAUUUUCGUGUAAAUAAAAUAAAUAUAUUGGAUAUUACCG